CACCUCCUCUCUUGGUUUACCUCCAGGACCAUCACUGCUCACUCAAACCUGAAUCUAUCCAGGAAUCUGCUGACAUUUCACCUGUUUACACACUUUGGACAAAAAGAAGCCAACGGGUCCGCCUGCUGUUAACUGCUAAACAACCCGCUCGUUUUUUCCCUUUUUAUAAUCUCGGCUUAUUUUUCUUCGCUCCCCUCCUUUCUGGGUCAUAAACUCAGAAGUCAGUGCUUGCAGGAGUUUUUAAGGCCUUUGAGGAGUUCUCUGAAGUUGAACACUAUGAAUAUAUUUCGGCUGGCAGGUGACGUGUCGCAUUUAGUGGCUAUUCUCAUUCUGCUAAUGAAGAUAUGGAGCUCCAAAUCCUGCGCUGGCAUCUCUGGGAAAUCUCAGGUCCUGUUUGCACUUGUUUUUACCACCAGGUACCUUGACCUUUUCACAGUCUACAUUUCAGCCUACAACACAAUCAUGAAGGUGGUGUUUCUGGCUCUGUCCUAUGCUACCGUGUACCUGAUCUACAUGCGCUUCAAGAACUCCUACAAUUCAGAGAACGACACGUUCAGAGUGGAGUUCUUGUUGGUUCCGGUCAUCGGGUUGUCCUUCCUGGAGAACUAUGCUUUUACUCCACUGGAGAUCUUGUGGACCUUCUCCAUCUUCCUUGAAUCCGUUGCCAUAAUGCCCCAGCUCUUCAUGAUCACCAAGACGGGCGAAGCGGAGUCCAUCACCACCCACUACCUGUUCUUCCUCGGCCUCUACAGGGCCCUCUACAUCGCCAACUGGGUGUGGCGCUACCACACGGAGGGCUUCUUUGACCAGAUCGCCGUCGUGUCCGGAGUGGUUCAGACCAUUUUCUACUGCGACUUCUUUUACCUUUACGUCACGAGGGUGAUCCGAGGGAAAGGAAAGAUGAGCCUGCCAAUGCCGGUUUAGAUUUGACGUACCCGCCUGCCGCAGUUCAGCAUGGGGGCGCAGUCCCUGAAGCUGUACGUAGCAAUGGGACUCUUGCAUCUGAACACCAGCAUUACAUAGAUAUUUUAUCAUGUGAUUGUGUCCGUAAGUCUGUGUUUGUGCAUCAUUUUGUUUUAAUUUGUGUACAACGAUGCUGUAGGGAUGGAAAUGUGACGGAGGAUGCGUGUCAGUGAUGAGCACCAUGCUCUCUGUAAAUCACAGCCGGGAGAGUUUUUGUUUUUUUUUUGUCCUACAUUUCCUUUUUUUGUAAAACGCUUCUGACUCUGAAGAUUAUUCAGUGAGCCAGUUUUGUUGUCAUGCUAACAGUUUUGAGUGUUGAAUCCAUGAAAAUGAACCUGAAGGUGGUUUCAGCUCAUGUGUUUGUUAAUUUUUUUAACAGCUUUAGUUUUUUUUUAGAAGUUCCUACACUAAACCUGAUCACCCAAUGACCAAAAACACACCUUCAAUUUGUAAUGAUAGGCACUCCCUGAGUAACUUACUGUAUUUACUUUUGCCAUUUAUGUUACUUUUUCUCGUCUUGUUUACUGUGUCUUUUGUAUUUUGUUUUUUUUUUAUUAUUAUAAGGGAAAAAAGGGCUAAAUAUCAUUUUCUUAUAAUGAAAAGCCAAAGAAGCUGCAGUGUUGUUUCUAUCCAUAGCCAUGAUGUCUAAUUUUUGUUUUUAUUUCAGAAGUAAGAAAAGUGUUCACAGAUCCACUUUUAUUUGUUUAUCAGCCAACUAAUUUUCUUGUCUCAAAGAUAUUAUAUUUUGCUGUCAGAUCGAGGUGAAACAUUCAAACGUUAUUCCACAGUCUUAAAGUGCCCUUAGGAUGUGCAGAGAUUUC